AUGGCAAUGCUGGAUUUGGUCGCAAACGUCGAUCAUCUGGUAUUCGAUGUUGAGGUGGCACUGGAGUCUCAGCUCGGUGCUCAACCAUUGCCGUUUGCUGGCAUGGAUAAAACCGGUGCUGCGAUAUGUGCUUUUUUCUUGAAUUCUUCCUGCAGCAAAGGUGUUCAGUGUCCAUUUCGUCAUGUAGCUGGCGAGAAGUCGGUCGUGUGCAAGCACUGGCUUCGUGGACUGUGCAAGAAAGGCGACCAGUGCGAGUUUCUCCACGAAUACGACUUGAGCAAGAUGCCUGAGUGUUAUUUUUUCUCCAAGUAUAAUGCCUGCAGCAACAAGGAAUGUCCUUUCCGUCACAUAGAUCCUGAAAGUAAAAUUAAAGACUGCGCUUGGUACGACCGCGGCUUCUGCAGGAACGGUCCUCAUUGCAAAAAUCGUCAUCGUCGUCGCGUGAUGUGUCUGUCGUACCUGAACGGCUUUUGUCCAGACGGCCCUGAGUGUAAAUAUUCUCACCCCCGCUUCGACAUUCCGCUUCCGGAUCCCACGUCUCAGGCUCGGAAGGUGAUGAGCAGUCUGGUGAUUUGUCAUCACUGUGGCGAACUUGGUCAUAAAAUCAAUAACUGUCCAAAACUGCCGGGAGCUACCAUGUUUGGAGGCAUGCGAGCUCCGUUUUGGAUUCAGCCACAUAAAAUGGAACCAUUACCUCCGGAACAGAGGCAGCGACCCCUGCAUGAAGUGACUUGUUACAAGUGCGGGGAAAAAGGUCAUUAUGCCAACAAAUGCUCCAAAGGGGCGUUGGCGUUUUUGUCGCAGUCCGCUCAUAUGACCCAGGAGAUUCGACAGCGCGAAGAGGAGCAGCAGCAACGACGGCUGAUUACUCAGCAGCAGGCAGUGAAGUUCGUCGGCCAACGAAGAGCAGGAGAGAUGAUGAGAUGA